AUGAUUAAAAAUUACGGAGACAGAUAUCAUCUUAUUGAUAAAAAAGCAUUAGAAGAUAAGAAGUUGGAUAGAGAUUAGCUAGUACAAUUUGUAAAAGAAUCAGGAAUAAGUGAAAUAGGGAAAAAUUAUAAUAUUAUAUCAAUAAUAGGUAGUCAAAGUACAGGAAAAAGUACUUUGUUAAAUUAGUUAUUUGGAACAAAAUUUGAUGUUUAGAAUAGAUAAUAGAGUGUAGGUUAAACAACAGUUGGUGUUUGGAUUUCAAAAGAUAUUUAAAAUAAUAUAGUUGUGUUAGAUGUAGAAGGAUCAGAUUCUGUAGAGAGAAAAUCAGGAGAGAAUGUAUAUGAUAAUAAUUAAAAAAUUAGAUGGUUGAAAAUUAAACAGCAUUAAUGGCAUUAGCAAUGUCACAUUGUUUUAUAAUAAAUGUUUUUCUAAAUGCAUUAGGUUAACAUACAAGUUGUCAAUUAUCAAUAAUAAAAAUCAUUAUGCAAUAGAAUUUAAAAUUAUUUUAAUAGGAUACAGUUAAACAUAUUAUUUUUGUUGUUAGAGAUUGGGAUGAAGAUGCAAAUUAUGAAGAGGCAUCUCGCAGAUUAAAUGGUUAUUUGUUAAAUAUUUGGAAAGAAAUUCCUAAAGUAUAAAUUCAAUUUAAUACAUAGCCUGAUUAAUAUAGAGAGACUGAUUUUAAUCAAUUAUUCAGGGUUUAAGUAGUUACAUUAGUCUAUUACAAAAUGAAAAAAGAAUUUGCUGAAUAAACAAAUGAACUUCAUUCAAAAUUAACGAAUAAUUAAGAUCCUAACUUUAUAUUUUCAAAUUUUGAUUAUGAGAAAAACGUAAGAUGGUCUGAUAUGCCAUAAUAUUUAUCAAAUAUAUGGGAAGUUAUUUCAAAUAAUAAAGAUUUAAAUUUACCAAAUGAAAAAAUUUUAAUUUCGAAUAUGAGAUGUUAAUAAAUUAAAUUAGAAGCAUUAGAAGGUGUAAAAUAGUUAAAUGAAGUAUAAUUAAUUAUUUAAAUUUAGGAUUUAUAAAAUCGAGUAAGAUCAAAGUAUGUUGACCAUUUUGGUUAAGAAUGUUAAACAAUUAUGAAUUUAGCUAAAAAAAUAUAUGAUAAAGAUGCUAGAGAUUAUCAUAUUGAAGUUUAUAAAGAAAAAGAGAAAGAAUUGAAAGAUGAAUUAAUUAAUAAAUUUUUUUCAUUCUUUUAAAAAUAAACAGAAUAACUUAAACAAUAUUAUAUGGAAUAAUUAACAGAUAAUCUUGAAAAAUUAAAAAAAGAAAGUAAUUAAUAAUUUUAUAGAUUAGGUAUUUAUGAUUUACCAGAUAGAUUAAAUGAGUUGGAUUUAUUAAAAGUAGAAUUUGAAGAAUAGUUAGGCAAAUCUGUAAUAGAGGUAGGAUUAUGGCAUGAAGAAGAUCAUAUAAGAUUCUUUAGAUAAUAAUUUGAUAAUAAUACAAAGUCAUUUGUUGAAGCUUAAUUAGCAGCUUUUAAACAAUAACUAGAUAAUAUAAUUAAAUCAGAAUGUGAUAAAAUUGUAAGUUCAUAAGUACUUAAUAUUUCACAAAAGUUUUGGUUGUAAAUUGAAAUCGAUUAUUAUACUAUGUUUUCUGAUAAAUAUAAAAAAUAUGAGACUUUACUAAUAGGAUUGAGAGUAUAAUAAAAAUAGGUUGAAGAUUAUUUAAAUAAAUUUGAAGAAGAUAGUUUUUAUAAUUUAAAAUAAGUAAUAGCAGUAGCUAGUGGUAGAUUUAAAGAUUAAUUAUUUUAAUAAUUUAAGGCUUAAUUUGUUAGAGCUGCAGAUGGAUAACCAAGAAAUUGGUAAAAAUUAACCGAAGAAGAGAUCUUUCAUUUCUACUCUGAAUCAAGAGAUAAGGUUUUAUCACUUUUAGAGAUAUUGAGAAUUCGAAAAGUAAAAUUCAUUAAACAACAAGUUGCAAUUAAAUAAAAGGCUAAAACUCAAUUAAUUACUUCAGGUCCUAAAAUUCAAUAUUAAAUAUCUUCAGAUACAGAUUCUGAUGAUAUUGUAUUAAAUGAAGUUUUUUAUACUUAAAUAAAAAUGUAAUUGAGUGAAGAUAUCGAUGUCUAAUAUUAAGAUGCAAUUUAAAAACAUGUAAUAAUUACUACAUUCUUAGAAAUAAGAUUUCCUUUAAAAUAUACCAAAACCCUUUUGGUUCUUAUUGUUAUUCUUCAUGUAUGAUGAUGUCUUAAGAUGGAUGGGCAAUCCACUAUUCCUAUAUCCAAUCUUGAUUAUCUUAUGUUUUAUCGGAUUUUGCAUUGCUAUAGGUAGAAUAUAAUAUAUAUAUAUAUAAUUACUUUUUAGGUCUUCAUAGCUUACCUAAACUAGCAUUUUAAUGGGUCUUUAGAACAAUUAAUUAGGCUGUCAUUCCUUUAAUAUUCGGAGGAAUUUCAAAAUUAAAAGGAAGUUGAAUGAUUAUUUUAAUAAU